AAGGAGGUCGACUACGGAAGUCUGAAAAACAAGGCUUCAAAUGAGUACUCUCCUUUGCCAAGUGUCCACAGCAGAUGACUGUAUGUUUUGAGAAUGGCUGUGACGUGCGAUCGUGGAUGAAGAUUCAGAAUCUUAUUUGCAGCGAACAUCCCAAAUCGCCUCUCGUGACAUGCGGCGAGUGAUGGAUUGCCCAAAAAACUUGCAAAUGAUCCUUGCUUCACGAUUGGUACUCUGUACUGUUAGUCUAUGAGCUCCAGAAAUUCAAUUGAUGGCAAGUUCGAAGAUGGUGAUCCUGAUAUCGAUAAACCUGCUUCAUACGCCUCAACAGGAGACAUUUGAUCCUCUGUCUCGUAGGAUUGAUGUUCCACAUGGAGUCUAUGCACCUUGCUUCGAUCAUGGAGUCUUAUCCUCUGCUGGUUGGUUCCGCCUUCCAUGAAAGAGUUUAGGGUGCAAGUUAAAAGUAUAUGUCCGAUGCUUCUGCACCAGCAUCGAAGACCU